AUGUUGAGAAAAUACUUAAGCGUCUUAGCUGAUAAGGCAUCGGUCUCUACUACCAUGGAACCAGGUAUAAAAUUUGCCAAACAUAUGGGACAAAUAAUUUCACAAUUGGAGUAUUCAAAGGUCAUUGGAUUGUCAAUGUAUCCCAUGACCCGUACAAGGCCAGACAUAGCCUUUGCGGUUGGUAAACUUAGCAGAUUUACAAGCAACCCGAGUCCCCUUUAUUGGAUGGCAAUAAGGAGAGUAUUAAGAUGCCUGUUGCGUACCAAGGAUUAUGGUAUAGCGUAUGGCGGUGAACCUCCUAUUUUAGAAGGUUAUUCCGAUGCUAGUUGGAUCACAAAUGAAGAGGAUAAUUCUUCUACUAGUGGUUGGGUGUUUGUUUAUGGGGGAGGUGUCAUCUCAUGGUCCUCUAAGUAA